AUGACAAACAAACAAGACAGCGAAGAGGCAAUCUGUGUCUCCCGCCAGGCGAUUCAGGCUACGCCUGACGAUGAGCCCAAUCUUGCAGCGUCGUUAGACAACAUCGCGAACAUGCUUGAAAGCCGGUUUAAGCAAACAGGGCUGAUCGACGAUCUCGAGGAGGCUAUACAGGUGUCUCGCCAGGCGGUCCAGAUCACACCCGAUGACGAUCCUGAUCUGGUCGCCUGGUUAAAUAAUCUCAGAAACAAGCUCGAGAGUCGAUACGAACAAACAGGACAGAUCGACGAUCUCGAAGAGGUUAUCCAGGUGUCUCGCCAGGCGAUUCAGGCUACACCUGGCGACGAUCCCAAUCUUGCAGCGUCAUUAGACAACCUUGCGAACAUGCUCCAAAGUCGGUACGAACAAACAGGACAUACGGAGAACCUUGAGGAGGCUAUCCGGGUGUCUCGCCAGGCGGUCCAGAUCACUCCUGAUAAUCAUCCUGAUCUUAUAGUCUUGCUAAACAACCUUGGGGUCAAGCUCGAAAGUCGGUACGACCGAACAUGGCAAAUAGAAGAUCUCGAGGAAGCAAUCCAAGUGUCUCGCCAGGCAGUUAAGAUUGCUCCUGAUGAACAUCCUGUUCUUGCGGGGUUAUUAGGCAAUCUCGCAAACAAGCUAGAAAGUCGAUAUGAACGAACAGGACAGAUAGAAGACCUCGAAGAGGCGAUCCAAGUGAAUCGACAGGGCCUAAGGGCCACCCCUAAUGAUCAUCCUGAUCUUGCAGUGCGGUUAAAUAAUCUUGGAAACAAGCUUGCACGUCGAUACGACCGAGUAGGACAGAUGGAAGACCUCGAGGAGGCGAUCCAGGUGUCUAGCCAAGCGGUUCAGAUCACUCCUGAUGGCCAUCCUAAGCUUGCAAACCGGUUUAAUAACCUCGGAACUAUGCUCGAGCGUCGAUAUGAGCGAAGAGGACAGAUAGGAGACCUCGAGGAGGCGAUUCGGGUGUCUCGCCAGGCGGUUAACACCACUCGUGAUGACCACCCUAAUCUUGCGGGACGGUUAUCUAAUCUCGGAAACAUGCUCGCACAUCGGUACAAACGAACAGGACGUAUGGAGAACCUCGAGGAGGCGAUCCGGGUAUCUCGACAGGCGGUUAAGACCACUCCUGACGACCAUCCUAAUCUUUCAGGGUGGUUGGAUAACCUAGGAAAUAAGCUCGGGAGCCGGUACGAACGAACAGGACGGAUGGAAGACCUCGAGGAGGCGAUCUGGGUAUCUCGCCAGGCGGUUAAGACGACCCCUCAUGACCAUCCUGAUGUUGCAACAUGGUUAAAUAACCUCGGAAGCAAGCUCGCAAGUCGGUAUGAACGAACAGGACGGAUGGAAGACCUCAAGGAGGCGAUCCAGGUGUAUAGCCAGGCGGUUCAGGCCACUCCUGAUAGCCAUCCUAAGCUUGCAAAUUGGUUGGUUAAUCUCGGAAAUAUGCUCGAAAGCCGGUACGAACGCACAGGGCAGCUUGAAGAUCUCGAGGAGGCAAUUCGGGUAUCUCGCCAGGCAGUUUACACAACUCCUAUGGACCAUCCUGAUCUUGCGGAGUGGCGAGAUACACUUGGAAACAAGCUUGAACGUCGAUACGAAAGAAUAGGGCAGAUAAGAGACCUCGAAGAGGGGAUCCAGAUGUCUCGCCAAGCGGUUGAGACCACUCCUAAUGACCAUCCUAAGCUUGCAGUAUGGUUAAAUAAUCUUGGGAUCAAGCUCGAAAGUCGAUACGAACGAACAGGACAGAUAGAAGACCUUGAAGAGGCGAUCCAAGUGAAUCGCCAGGGCCUAAAGGCCACCCCUUAUGAUCAUCCUGAUCUUACAGUGUGGCUGAGUAACCUUGGAAACAAGCUCGCCAGUCGAUACCAUGAAAAAGCGCAGAUAGAAGACCUCGAAGAGGCGAUCCAAGUGAAUCGCGAGGGCGUAAAAGUCACACCUCAUGAUCAUCCCAGGCUUGCAGUGUGGUUAAAUAACCUCGGAAUCAAGCUCGGAAAUCUGUACGAACGAACAGGACAGACGGAAGACCUCGAAGAAGCGAUCCAAGUGUCUCGCCAAGCGGUUGGAACAAUCUCCAAUGAUCAUCCAAACCUGGCUGGGCUGCUAAAUAACCUUGGACUCAUGCUCGAGCGUCGAUACGAACGGAUAGGACAGAUAGAAGACCUCGAGGAGGCGAUUCGGGUGUCUCGCCAGGCGGUUCAGACCAAAACAGCAUCCCCUUUAAUCCGGGUCACCGCUGCUAUUCUAGCGCUUGGCCUCCUGCUCAAGAGGAAAGAUCAUCGAGUCGGUUAUACACUCUCUGUUGAAGCUAUUGAUCUUCUGCACCUCGUCCAUAGAAGAUCCUUGACCCUGCAGGAUCGACAGUAUGUAGUCUCGCAUUUUUCUGGCUUAGCAACUCAAGCAUGCUCCCUCGCCAUUCAAACCGGGCAGCCUCUUUUCCGAGCUCUACAAUUGUUAGAGAGGGGACGUGGUGUUAUACUUAGUCUUCUUAUGGAUGAUCGAAGUGACACGUCUAAACUGAAAGAGGUCCAUCCCACUUUAUGUGCACAAUAUGAAAGUCUUCGCCACGAGGUGAAUACACCUAUUGGGAGCACCACAUCCCAGCGGAUCGGGGAUUCCAUCUCCGCAAGACGACCAAAGGCUAUCGAGGAGCUCGAAAAAUGCAUACAAGAUAUACGAGAUCUUCCAGACUUCGGCUCCUUUCAACAGGGUCUUACUGCGGAGCAGAUGCAGACUGCUUCUAAAGAGGGCAGCAUCAUCAUGGUGAAUGUCACCAACCUAAGAAGUGAUGCUAUUAUCAUCUCUGCAUCCGGAUUUAGCCUGGUCCCUCUUCUUCGAUUUGAGGCGGUCCAAGCGCAGAGUUGGGUCGACCAAAGGUUGAAAUCAGCUAUAAAUAACAAAUCAUACCGCCAAUUUUUAGCCUGGCUCUGGCAGGACUGCGUAAAGCCCAUCCUGGCUGAGCUCGGUCAUUCUGUUCAGUCAUCUCUGGAGGAUUUGCCAAGGGUCUGGUGGAUUGGGACUGGACUUGCCAGCUCCUUCCCUUUUCACGCUGCAGGUGAUGUCUCUGCAGGGGAAAAUACAUUUUGUCGCGUUUUAUCUUCCUACACCUCUUCGGUCAAGGCACUAGUACACGCCAGAGAGCGGGCUUCUGUCUCUGCUCCAUCAAAAGAAAAACCACCAAAGUUACUCAUGGUUACCAUGGCAAAUACACCUGGCGCUAAGGACUUACCCGGGGUCAAUACAGAAAAAUCCGCGGUCCUGGGAGCACUCAGUGAUUCCGUUCAUGUGGAAGUUCUCGAUCAACCGGACUCCGCGAGCGUUAUCCGCGAGAUUCGCGAAUGCAAUAUUGCCCAUUUCGCUUGCCACGGAACCUCAAACUCGGAUGAUCCCUCUCAAAGUGGCCUUUUACUACAGACUGCCACUGCAGACCCAAGACAGGAAAUACUCACUGUUCUGAAACUCUGCGAAAGCCACACUACUCUUGGAGACAUUGCAUACCUCUCUGCAUGCUCGACUGCGGAGAAUCAGGCAAAAGGUCUGAUAGAUGAGGUCCUCCAUGUUGUCAGUGGUUUCCAGGUCGCCGGAUUCAGACACGUCAUUGGGACUUUGUGGCCAUCUGAUGACAGAGUGUGCGUGGAGGUUGCGAGGUCGUUCUAUGCUGAGUUUUGUCAAAACGGUGCUCUAAAGUACACUGACAGAGCUGUCGCCAUGGCACUUCACAAGGCGGUAUCGGCGGUUUCGAUGAGUGUUGAAUAUCGAAAACGGCCGUUACAUUGGGCACAGUUUGUCCAUUAUGGUGCUUGA